UGAUUUUUGUUUGGCAACUGCUUAUGAUCUUUGAAAUUUGAAUAUUUUUCAUUAAAUUAAAUGAGGAUUAGUUGAUAUUAAGUGAAUCUUAACUCUAAACAAAUCAUUACGAAUUUUAAUACUAAAGUUUGAAAUAUUUGUUACAUCUUGUUAGACAUAUAGAUAUGAUCUCUAAUCAACUGACAACCCGAUUAAUAAACAUUCAGCUAAAAAGGCACUAUACUAGCAAAGCAGUAUUAGAGGAAAUAAUUAGGGUGGACCAUGCUGGAGAACUAGGAGCAGAUAGGAUCUAUGCAGGGCAGAUGGCUGUUUUAGGCAGCUCUUCUAAGGGUCGAUUGAUUCAGCAUAUGUGGGAUCAAGAGAAGGGCCAUAGGGCAAAAUUUGAAGAGCUUAUUAAGAAAUAUCGAGUACGUCCUACUGCGAUGACUCCAAUUUGGAAUGUAGCUGGUUUUAUGCUGGGAGCAGGGACAGCAUUAUUAGGUGAGAAAGCGGCUAUGGCUUGCACAGUUGCGGUAGAAACUGUUAUAGUUGACCACUACAACGAUCAACUUCGGACACUUCUCGAAGAUCCAGAGCAUAACAAAGAACUAAUGGAGAUCAUAACUAAAUUUAGAGAUGAGGAACAAGAACAUCAUGAUACAGGUACUUGCUGGAUCGCUGGCAGGUUGUAAAGGCCAAUGGACAAACAUCUGCCUCACCAUGUAUCGGUCCUCUGUCUGGUUCCGGUGGAAUGCCAAUUAUGUCCCAAAAUACUGCCGCUUAGAAAAAUGCCAAAACAGACCAGAGUUUAUUACAGUAAAUCUAUUUAACAAACUGCCUAAUUUAAUUAAAGAAAAGUCUGUAAGAGCAUUUAAAUGUUAUGUGUUUUUUUGAUAAGUAGAGCGUUCUAAAGUGUCGAUGAGUUCUAUAACUGUGAAUUUUAAUCUUGUGUAAUUUUAUAUUAUGUGUUUCUUUAUUUAGGUCAAGCAUUUUGAAGGGUAAUAUUGAUCUGAUACUGCGUUAGUUCUAGUCAGUUAGUAUUAUAAUUUAAAUUUGAACUCUCUUUGAUAUUGCUUUCACGAACAACAACUUUUUAGGGAUUGCAAUAAUAAAAUUAGGUUUGGUUU